AUGCCUGCUCUUCGCUCGUGGUUCAACAUUCCUCGCGGCUCGCACUUCUCGCUUGCCAACAUCCCCUUCGGUAUCAUCUCAACCGCGACUUCUGAAUCACCGCGUGUUGCAGUUGCCAUUGGAGACCAUGCAUUAGAUCUCGAGGCGUUCGCUGCCCACAAUGGCUUCUCGGCCCUCUCUACGAUCCAGCCGUAUCAAGCUGUAUUCUCCGAACCCUCGUUGAACGCAUUCGCUGCCCUUGGCCGGCCAAUUCACUCCGUCGUGCGGAAGUACAUCCAGAGCGUAUUCGCCGAGGACACACCAUAUCCCGACGUGCUGAAGAACAAUUCAGCGCUGCAAAAGGACGCAUUGUUUGCUUUGAAAGAUGUUCAAAACCAUUUGCCGUUCAAGAUUGGUGACUACACAGACUUCUUCGUGGGCAUGAACCACGCCUACAAUUGCGGCGUCAUGUUUCGUGGGGCGGCGAACGCCUUGAACCCCAACUACAAGCACCUCCCUGUGGGCUACCACGGUCGAGCCUCUUCAAUUGUUCCCUCGGGCACCCCGAUUCGUCGACCGCACGGCCAGUUCCUGCCAAACCCAGCGGCAGAGGAGAAGGUACCCGUCUACACGCAGAUAAAGAAGCUUGACUACGAGCUAGAGCUGGGCGCGUUCGUCUGCAAACCGAACAAGAUGGGAGAACCUGUGCCGAUUGGCGAAGCUGAAGACCACUUGUUUGGUCUGGUCAUGUUGAACGACUGGUCGGCAAGAGACGUGCAGUCCUGGGAGUACAUUCCUUUGGGCCCUUUCAACGCAAAGAACUUCGGUAGCAGCAUUAGCCCCUGGGUUGUGCUGAUAGAUGCCCUUGAGCCUUUCAAGGCGAAGGGCAUCCCGAAUGACAAGGAGGUACUGCCUUACCUUAAAGAGAAAGAUGACAAGACCGUCUACGACAUUCAAUUGAAGGUCGAUCUGAAGACAAAAUCCGGCAGUACAGGCACCGUUGCUAACUCGAACGGCAAGCAUCUGCUCUGGUCCUUUCCCCAGUGUCUAGCCCACCAUACAUCCACUGGGUGUAACCUACAACCCGGUGACCUGCUCGGCUCAGGAACGAUAAGCGGCACGUCCGCAGGAGAAUAUGGCUGCCUGCUUGAGCAAACUGAAGGUGGCAAGAACUCUAUCAAGGUGGGCGACGAAGAGCGCACAUUCUUGCAGGAUGGUGAUGAGGUUACUUUCACAGGUGUCUGCGGUACUGAUGAAGAGGCUCUGGUUGGUUUCGGUCAAGUCACUGGCAGAAUAGAGCCAGCGCUAAACCUUGGCUACUAG